AUGAUGAACAAAGCUUCCCUUCUUGCUCUGGCCCUCGCAGCCGUCCGGGUUCAAGCCCAGGAGUUUACGAAUAUGGAUUUCUACAGCGAGGAAACCUGCAACCCUGACCCCAAUGACCUUGACGUUCAGUCUUUCCAGCUGGGUGUCAACACCCAGACAGACGACAAGGGUAACGAAUACUCUGGCUGCAAUUCGGCUACCAUUGUUCCUACAGGCUGGCCUACCACUGCCAACGGUAAAUACCCCGUCUGGAUUGAUACCGCCAAGUUUGGCGAGGGAUGCAGUAUGCUAUUCUUCAACCUUCCUGGUUCUCAGGAGGAGGGAGAUAUCUGGCCUUGCCGCAAUGGACUUUACCGCAAGGUUCAGAAGGAUAAGACGCCUUGUGGUGACUUGGAACUGACCCAGAAGUUUGGAUAUGCUUACUGCUGUGGAUCUCUUUGCAACGACGAUGUGAGCACUUGGCCCUCCAAGCGCAGCCUCACUGAACGAGCCCCUCCUGCUCCCAAGGCCAAGGACGUUACCAAGCUCAAGCGCGCGCCCAUCCUGAAGAAGCGUCAGGGCAACGACAAGUGCAUCAUCAACCUCAAGAGCGAUCUCUACACCACCUUCGGUAAACAGAUCCAGGUCGGCCCCGAAGAGACCUGUGAGCUUGAUCAGACCACUUGCGGUCAGACCUGGACCUACACUGCUGGCAAUGAGAUUACCACUAGCGAGAGUCACACGGAUACCACCGAGAUUGGCUUCUCCGAGUACGUUGUUUUCGUCAACUCUUUCUCUGAUAGUUAUGAAAUCAGCAAGAGCGAGUCAGAGCAGCGAUCUGUUUCGAAGAGCAUGGCUCCCGAACCUGGACAUGCUGGUUACCCUACCUUUACUCCUCUUCUUUACUGCGCCGAAGCUGAUCUCAGCGGCGACUGCUCUCGCGAGAAUUUGGGUAUCGGUGGCGGAGAGGUUUGCGUUCAGAAGUAUCUUCCUGGCGAUGUCCCUGACGGCAACUGGCAAAUGGUCACCACCGAUUAA